UUGCGGCCGGGGGUGUGGUGGGUGCGGCUCUCUUUGCGCUCUGACGUGUCACUUUCGGGUCUUUUUCGGCGAGAAGAAAGUUGAGUGCGAGGCGAGGAGGGCGAGGCAGGGAAGGCUGUUCGAGAACUAAAAGACACCAGAAUGACCUUGAAAUACUUACUGCCGCUCGUUCUGGCCCUCCUCUUCAAAACCGCCGCGCCAGCAGGAUUUCAGCAGGUGACGUGUGGAUCAGUGUUGAAGAUAGCGAAUGUUGACUCCAGUGACAGACUUCACUCGCAUGAUGUCAAGUAUGGCUCGGGCAGCGGGCAGCAGACUGUGACGGGGGUACCACAUGCCGAUGAUGUCAACAGCUAUUGGCUGGUGAAGGGAGCAUAUGGGGUGGACACCAACUACCAACGAGGGGCAUCUGUCCAAUGCGGCUCAGUAAUCAGACUACAACACGUACAGACUCGCAAGUUCCUACACAGCCACAGAUUCAAAUCUCCACUAUCAGGCAACCAGGAGGUGAGUGCGUUUGGAGGCGACGACAGCAGCGACAGUGGUGACAACUGGGAGGUCGAGUGCUCCUCUUCACAGGCCCAGUACUGGCAGAGGGACGAAAACGUCAGACUCAAACAUGUGGACACCAAUGCGUAUCUCCACAUCACUGGACAUAAGUACGGCAGGCCUAUUUCAGGGCAGAAAGAGGUGUCCGGGAUCUCCACCAAGUCCAGUAGCAACCUCUGGAGAGCCAUGGAGGGCGUCUACCUUGAUUCUGAGAAGGUUGCGUAACACUUCAUAACACACCCUAGAAUCAUUGCAUGUUAAAAUUGACGCAGCAGUUCAUUUUUUGAUUUUACUAGAGUAAACGCAACUAAAAUUUUAUGCGUAAGCAUGGUCAAUUUUUGGAAAAAAUUGAUGUCACUUUUCUCAUGAAACAACCACCACCACACUGCAUGCGUAAAACUAUAAUAAGAUGAUGUCGUUGAAUGCUCUAUUAUUAUACACAAUGUUUCAGAGGUCAUGUGACUUGAGGUGAUUAGUCAUGUGACUUGAAUGACCAAUCAGAGCUCGUCUUUUGUGUCCACGUCUUCGUCCAUGUCGAAGUCUGACAAAUCAUAAUCGUCUUCUACAGGCAGCUCGCCGUCUUUUCCGUCCCAUGGCUCAACAUCGGGUAUGGUCGGCAGCUCAUCAAACGCUACGGUAACCCCUCGCUGACCAAUCAGAUUCCUGACAAACUCGCUGAGUCCCUCAUUGCUGAAUGCUCCCCUCAGAAUGGAGUAUACCUUCCUACGACUGUUGACUGUCGCCAUUGCCGGGUAUCCAAAUCCCCCGAUCUCUAGUUUCUCCUCCAGAUCAGGAAACUGUCCGCCCUCGGCCCAAACCCACCUGGAAUAGAACCAAGACACAACACCAACAUUAUUAUAAUGCAUCGUAAGAGGGUUAAAUCAUA